AUGAACGGGUCUUCGACGAUCGGUAUGGCAUCAGUGCACCAGCUAGGGGCUGGGCCGACUCCGGCGCGCCCACGAAGCACCAACGGGUCUGGAAUUCACGAUGCUGAGAUGGAUGUUGAUCGAAAUUCAAGCCCUGCCGUCGCGAACGGUACCAGAUUUGGAAGUGCCCCUCAACGAGGGGACUCGAGGAUCGUGGUCAUCACGUAUGGUUCCGGCCAAGACAAGAUCGUAUCAGUCUUUGCCGAUGUAUUGGGAAAGCCCUUCGCGAUCCGCUCUGCCCUCCGAGAGGUCACCGCUGCGGACCAGGGACUUGUGGUCGGCGUACCAGCAGAACUUGCCAAGGGUGAUAUUGCAUCCCGCGACAAGGAGCUCGUGGUAGCCAUCAACGCUCACUGUGUCAAUCUGGGCAUGCCGCCCGACGUCUUUCUCUCCGCUGAGUGCGACUACGAGUUUCUGUACACAGAAGCUCCGUUCUUCCGUCGAGAUCUCUCAAGGUUCAUAUCCUUCACUUUGGGGCAGAUCAAUCAUCACGAAACGUUGAUGUCGAAGCCGAGGACAUACUUCAUUUCCACAACGUUUCCCGAUGUCAGCACGGCACUGCCAAACAUAGACAUUCUCACCGUUGGCGCAGAUGCCGUGGAGAUUCGUGUCGAUCUUCUGAAGGAACCACUUGGCGAUGGCACUUACUCUGCUAUCCCGAGCUUGAGCUACGUUGGAGAGCAGCUAAUGCUCUUGCGUCAACGGACAGAACUUCCAAUCAUCUUCACGACAAGAUGUACGAGAGAAAAUGGUCGCUUCCCAAUGGAGAACCCUGAUCUAUACUACGAGUACCUGUACCGUGCCAUUCAAUGGGGUGUUGAAUACAUUGACGUUGAACUUUGGCUACCCGAGGCCAUCCGGAAGAGGCUCUACGAACAGAAAGGCAGCAGCCAAAUCAUGUCCGCGUUCCAUGACUUCUCUGGCACUUUCAAGUGGCCCUCUUCGCAUGCAGAGCAAGUAUAUGUGGAAUCAAGCAAAUACGCUGAUAUAAUCAAGAUGAUCGCAAUCAUCAAUGACCACAACGAAAACUUCGAGUUGGAGUACUUCCGCUCGAAGAUGAGGGCAGACUACCCAAACUCUCCGCCAUUCUCUGGGGUCAACAUGGGGGAAACGGGCCAGUUCUCUCGCACGCUCAACAGGGUCUUCACUCCCAUCACCCAUCCGCUGCUGCCCAUCGUGGCAGCCCCUGGCCAGAUGAGUGCCUCGGAAAUCAACGCCGCGCUGGCCCUUCUGGGCCAACUUCCAAAGAAGAGCAUAUACGGCAUUACCACUCCAGCGUUUCGAAGUUCUACGCCCCAAGCACCUUUCUAUGAAAAGUGCUUCAACGAGCUUGGGCUCCCUCAUCACUUCGCUGUCGUGGAGCGCUUGCCCAACAACUUCCAAAGCAUGGAGGCCUGGUGCAACCAAAAGAAUUUUGGCGGCGCCUACCUUAGCCCCCCGGUGUCGUGGAGUAACUUGCUGAGACACAGCUCGUUCUUUGCAUCGCUUAAUGGCGGGAAGGGCCCGGAGUUGACCGAGGCCGCUCGGCUCAUCGGGACCGUUGACACGAUCAUUGUUAAAUCGGGAUCUUCAUCGUCAGCUUCAUCAGCGCCUCCUUCUAUACCAUCGAGCCCACGUCACGGACAUCAUGAUUCCUUUGGCCAUCUCGGUUCCAGCAUAUCCAGCUUGUCGCCCAAUACAUCUCUGAUACUGGAUAAUGCCAGCUGGCGAGGCAUUAUUAGUACGUUAACAAGGGACAUGGCACCUUCGGCGUACUUUGGCCGGACAGCUGUCGUCCUUGCGUCAUCAGGUGACGAUGCGGCAUCAGUAAUGUAUGCUCUCAAGGCUCUUCACAUCGGCAAGAUAUAUACCGUUGGAUUCCGGACACCACCAGCAUUGGCUCGGGAUGGACCAGUCAUCGAACCGUUCAACAGCCUUGAAAGCCUCAAGAAAGUGCAAGCGGUUGGCAAUGAUGCGGCCCCUUUCCUAAUCGUCUCGGCCCUUGGGGCGGAUAAGAGUAAUCUCGUCGGGAUGCUUGUCCGCGUUUUUGGCACGAAUGGCAGUGGAAAUCCGAACUUCAAGAAAGUCUUCCUUGAUCUCGCCGAUGCUGCAGGCGCCAGAAAAGGGGGAGAUCCAGGCAUCAUAGCCCAGCAGGCCGGCUUCUCCGCCUAUGGUAGUGCUGAUACGGCCGCCUUCACCACGGUUGAAACCCUGAGGUUGCUGGUCGGCCAGAACGUACCCUACAGCUUUGUCAGGUUGGCGAGCGGCAGGAGUCUGUUCUGA